AUGAUUAGCUCAGAAUUAACGAAUGAUCAAAUCAUAGACCUUAUAUCGGAUUAUAAGAAUUUCAAAAGAAUUAUAGAGGCCUCUGUACCAGAAGAUGAUAGAAGAAGGAACCAAAACCGCCAAAAUAGAAAUAAAGACCUGACAAAAUUGUCGAAUGUACAAUUUUGGCAACUGACGACUGAUGUCAACGAUGAAUUGAUGAAAAGAUUGACAGAUUCGGGUGCGGAUGCAUCACUAAAUGAUCUUGAUCUGAAAAGAGGUAAAGCACAAUCUAAACUGUCUCGAUUGAAGGACGCGAAGUUCCAUAAAUUGAUUCUUGAUAUUUUCACGGAAAUUGAAAGGAGAAACUUACAUCAUUUGGAUAUGGGGACGCAUAACAAUGGGUUAGACGAGGGUGAUCUAAAUUUCUAUUUAAAUGACACAUUAUUUGAAUCCUUCAAAAUAAACGAUGAUUUUAUGAGCGUGAAUGGUAUUAUAUCCAUUGAAGUCUUCCGAGAAUUAAAAACUCAAUUUACACUUUAUUUUCAAAACACGCUCCAUCGAAUUGAUCCUGUGGAUACCACCACCACACGCCUGCCGAUUCUGCUUGAGACUAUAAUUAAGAUAGCAAAGUUGAUAGGCGAUCUCUUACCUGUCCUAUCAUCAGUUUCACUGCAAAGUUCUUUAGAAAACGAAAUAGUAUACUUAAAGAGUGCUUUAUCUCAUGCUAUCACUUCAACAAGAUAUUUUCUCACAUAUGGGGACCUAAUACCACGAAUUGUAGCUCAAUCAUCUAUUUCGGAAGUGAUUUUUGCGUUCUGCAAUAUUGCUCAGAUUGUGAAGAUCAAAUCCACCUCACGUGAUGAUAUAUCACGCAAUGAAGGAGAACUCAGUGAUAUCGAGGCAGGUAUGAAACCGUUGAAGAUUAUUGAAAAAGUGAAAAAUGAGAAAAACGGUAAGGAUAUAUCAUCUCUGGGUGAUAGCGGUAGUACUGCUGUUAGUUUUCCAUCCUCUGGUAAGCCCAUUACAAAAAAAUCGGACAUGCCAGUGGUUGUAGCAUCGCCAUCAAUUUCCAUCAUAGAAAAAUCUGAAUCUUCUAUUCGAGAGAGUGGGAAGGUACGAAAUAAUACAUCUGGAGAAACAAACUUAGCGUCUGUGUCGCCGUUAAAAAACACUAAGAAUUCUUCAAGAAUUACGAGUGAGCCAUCUCCGCGAGAAGGUUUGCCUCUGAAAGUUGUCUCGAACUCGAGAAGUCCAAGUCCUCAAGGUAACACAUUGCCGCUAAUUGGUAAAUUUCGGCAGGAUUAUCAGGCAUCACCUCCGAAGAAAGUUAUCACUAAACCAGUGGCAGAAACGGCGAAGCCGUAUGCAAAUAUUCCGCCAGCUGCAGACGUACUUUACUCGCCAACCGUGACCAAAAUGAGGAAAUUCAGAGAGAAAGUGCAGAAAUUUGCUCCCAACUCUGGUCUUGGAUUAAGAAUAUCUACUUCAGAAGAAAACUUGAAUAAUUCUGAUGUCAACUCAACCACGCACAACGCUAACAUAAAUAACCUCGUCGAAUUUGUUGAGAGUAAAUCAAUGGUUGUUCUUCCUAUGGCAGGCAGGGCAUUUUGA